AUGGACUCCACUAGUGCUCUGGGCAAGAUCGAGGGUCGUCUCAACUCCUCUACCUACCAGCCUACUACUCGACAGACUAAACGGUGGCUCUCGUGGCUGGCAGACCUGCUGGAGUACGAUGAGGCUGAUCUAACCUACCGCCAUGCGAAAGGGAAGGAUAACUCUUUCAGCGAUCUCCUGAGUCGUCUUGCUCAAGGGGGACAGCGGUAUGUCCCUGAGGGUGGUGGCGAAGCGUUUGUCUUGGUGACCUCGACAUCACCCUCCCAAAGUGAACUACCUACCACGGAUCGUUCUGCCUCUGUCCACGACUCUACCAGAUGCAUUCUGGCGGGUGACCUGAGAGUUCAGUUGAUAACUCUUCAGAAGGCAGACUCCUCUACCCUCCUCCAUGGUGCUACGCUACAGGCAUGGCAACAUCACUUUGACGGAGCUGGGAAACUUCAGAAAUUAGCCGCGGAGGCUAAAGCUCUCGGCCUUGUCACCCAUGUUGGAGGGGUGGUCAUGACUAUCUCUGAAGCUGCGUUGACUGGACCGAUAUCGGUUCCAGUCAUUCCAGGAGGCGUAGUUACCGGUUUGAAUGGCAUGAUCGGCACUAAUGUCGACACAGACUGGAAGCUGCGAGAUUGGCUCCUUUUUGUUGCCCAUGAAAUGGAUUAUCAUAGACCUCACAGGGACAUGCGGGAUAGCCUUGUCCCUUUCGUUUGGUGGCCCUCCCUCCUUCGCGAUGCUAGGUCCUGGGUUGAGCGAUGUGAUCAUUGCAUGGAGCAGAAGCCUACCAAGCGUAUGAAACUGGUCACCGCACCACGCCUUCCGUGGGGACUAAUAGAUCUGAAUGCUCGUGGGAAGCAUAUUGCUAUUGACCAUGGUUACCCAAACCCUACAUGGAUAUCUCCCGCGAACCCAUCCCUCAAGGCAUUCCUUGUCAUCACGGACUUGGCCACAGGGUAUACACUUCUGUGCGGUGCGGAAGAUGCCAGAGGAAGUACGACGGCUAAACUGCUGUAUGGCUCGUGGGUGAGUAUCUUUGGUGUACCCCUUAGUGUUACCGGGGACAACUUCAUCGACUCGCCGUCACUGCGCACGCCGCUCCUGUCCUGUGGUGUGCGCUUCAACACGGUCCCGGCAUACUCACCAUUUUCGAAUGGCAGUGCUGAGGAAAGGGUCGGACGUGUCAGACGCGUCCUCCCGACAACCAAACUGCCAUGGGAUCAAGCCUUACCUUUUGUCCAGCUGUCGAUCAACUCCCAAAAGCGAGUCUCUGGCCAUUCGGCGGCGGAGCUCAUGUUUGGCACGCGAAUUCGUACUCCUUCCGCAUCGGUCCUAUCUGCCAUCACAAACAAUACGCCCAUCGUCCACAUCGGAGAUCUUGAAACAUUAGCUACAUCUGCUGAGGUACCAGAGGCCCUCAGGGAAGUUCUCAAGAGCUCGGUGGGCGCGGCUCGAAUCUCCACUCUUCAAGCCCACGUUCGGGACUGCCUUCGAGCCUCUGCGGCUCGGCCAGGUCGUCCACUGAAAGAUGGUGAGCUCGUGGUGUGGCGCCGUCUUGAGUCUCGACCCGUUGAAGGAACGGUCAGAUUGGUCAGUGGCGUCCAUACUGAAGAUGGUCCCUUCUGCUACCUUGGAUCGUUGGCUGGUUUCGUGACUAGGUUACACCCACUAGGAAGCCCACCUGGUCACUCUGUCAGCGUUUCUGCUUGUCAUCUGGAAUCCAGGCAUGCCUUUGUGGAUAGAGACCGUCCAACUAUGGCCGUUGAAACCGAGAUCCCCUUCACUUCGAUAAAACCUGGUCAGGUUAUUCUUGCCAGGCUGUCGUGUGGUGCUGAUGCUAUCGGAAAGGUCAUGGCCGAAACCGACAAUGACGAUAGUAUCGCUCAUGGCUCACUAGUGGUCCAGAUCUACGACUCGCAUGAAGGCAAUAAAUUUUUCCCGGUGUGGUUAUCUCAUGACGGUUCCACUUACACUGGUGACACUCCGGAAAACGCUCAGCGGGACAGUCCGCUCCUGCGUACGGUGUCUUCGGUACUCAUGCGUAUCAAUCUGACUCCGACGAACAUGCUCAAGGACACCUCACGCGCUGCUAUGGUUGAGGCAGGAUACCUUGAGGCGUAA